GUCGCCGCACGAAACAACAUGGAAAUGCAGAGCGAGAACAAACGCCUAAAUCGCCGGAUUGCUGAUUUUUACGAUGGCAAAACUCUAUUUUUGACUGGUGCGGCUGGAUAUCUUGGCGUGGUUUUGCUCGAAAUACUGCUUCGUUGCUGCCCAGGAAUAUGUCGAAUUUACAUACUUCUCAGAGAGAAAAAGGGUGUAGACGCCCGUAGUAGAAAAGAACAGAUAUUUAAAAGGAAGAUAUUUGAGAAACUCAGAGAAAAGCAACCUGAUAUUUUCGAUAAAGUUCAUGUUGUUCCUGGAGAUGUUAGUCUUCAUAACCUUGGUAUGAAUGAAGCUGAUGCAUUAAAAGUUGCACAAGAAGCAUCUAUUGUAUUCCACUGCGCAGCAACUAUAAGUUUUUUAAAGCCUCUUAGGUUUGUACUCAUUCAAAAUGCCAUAGGGACUGAUAACGUAGUUGAAUUUUGCCGAAAGUUGAAAACAUUAGACACAUUGGUUUAUACAUCCACAGCUUAUUCAAACAGCAACAGGAAAGAUGAAAUAGAAGAAAUCAUAUACAGGUUGCCUUUCCCUGCUCAAAGAUACUUAGAUGAACUCAAAAAUGGAGAUGAUGAAUCUUUAAAGAAACUAGUUUCUCAGUGUUCACCUAAAUGGCCAAAUGCAUACACAUUCAGCAAAUGUUUAGCGGAGAACAUUUUGGCUGAUAAAGCAUCUGAUCUACCGAUUGCCAUAAUUAGGCCAUCCAUAAUUAUAAGUGUCUGGAAAGGUGUUGUGAGAGGCUAUGUUGAAGAAGGUUCCGGAAUGGUAGGAUUAUCAUUGGGGAUUGGAAAAGGAUUUAUUCGGGUUUUACGUGUAGAUACAGAAAAGAAAAUUGAUCAUAUCCCAGUUGAUGUAGUUGCUAAUGCUCAUAUCGUAGCUGCCUGGUGCACAGGAACAGACAGAGCUCAGUCUCCAUUGGUGUUGAACUGCACUUCAGGCGACGUCAGCCCAUGUACUUGGGGAGAAUAUAUAAACACAUUGUUUACAAUGACUCUGAAGUAUCCUUUACCCAAAGCUUACCAGCAUCCAAAAUUAAUAUUGUGCAAGAACCCAGUUUAUUAUUUCCUGCUUUCAAUAUUUGAACACUACGUUCCAGCUUUCGCCAUUGAUGGACUUUUGAAGUUGAGCGGACGUAAACCUAAAUUAGUGUCACUAUACCGUUUCCUUGAUAAAUCACUCGAGUCGAUACAAACUUUUGUAGUGAAUGAAUGGAAGUUCAGUACGGAUAACUUCAAAUCUCUUGCAGAGAAAAUGGACGCUAAAGAUAACGAAAUGUUCUAUGUGGAUCUAAAGGGAUAUGGCGUUGAUGAAUUGACUAAAGAUUUGCCAAAAGGAGCACCAUUUUAUCAGUGGGAUAUCGAUAGAAAACAGUUUGCAGAGCGGAUGAAGACUACGUAUAUUCGCAAUUUGCUGACAAGUUUCAUCAAGUGGGUAUUUCUCAUCUGUAUGAUAUCUAUAAUUUUUAUGCUAGGGACUCAAAUUUACCAAAGAUGUUUGUCAUAAACUCAAUGUCCGUAACUAACUGUAACACAUUUUCAGUCAUAAUAAAGAAUA